AUGUUUGCCAAUUCUACUACAAGUAAUCACAAUCGUAUUUACAUACAUGCUGAAUGCAAUCUUGACUUCCAGAAUAGUUCAUCAUCAUCAUCAUCAUCAUCAUCAUCAUCAUCAUCAUCAUCAUCAUCAUCAUCAUCAUCAUCAUCAUCAUCAUCAUCAUCAUCAUCAUCAUCAUCAUCAUCAUCAUCAUCAUCAUCAUCAUCAUCAUCAUCAUCAUCAUCAUCAUCAUCAUCAUCAUCAUCAUCAUCAUCAUCAUCAUCAUCAUCAUCAUCAUCAUCAUCAUCAUCAUCAUCAUCAUCAUCAUCAUCAUCAUCAUCAUCAUCAUCAUCAUCAUCAUCAUCAUCAUCAUCAUCAUCAUCAUCAUCAUCAUCAUCAUCAUCAUCAUCAUCAUCAUCAUCAUCAUCAUCAUCAUCAUCAUCAUCAUCAUCAUCAUCAUCAUCAUCAUCAUCAUCAUCAUCAUCAUCAUCAUCAUCAUCAUCAUCAUCAUCAUCAUCAUCAUCAUCAUCAUCAUCAUCAUCAUCAUCAUCAUCAUCAUCAUCAUCAUCAUCAUCAUCAUCAUCAUCAUCAUCAUCAUCAUCAUCAUCAUCAUCAUCAUCAUCAUCAUCAUCAUCAUCAUCAUCAUCAUCAUCAUCAUCAUCAUCAUCAUCAUCAUCAUCAUCAUCAUCAUCAUCAUCAUCAUCAUCAUCAUCAUCAUCAUCAUCAUCAUCAUCAUCAUCAUCAUCAUCAUCAUCAUCAUCAUCAUCAUCAUCAUCAUCAUCAUCAUCAUCAUCAUCAUCAUCAUCAUCAUCAUCAUCAUCAUCAUCAUCAUCAUCAUCAUCAUCAUCAUCAUCAUCAUCAUCAUCAUCAUCAUCAUCAUCAUCAUCAUCAUCAUCAUCAUCAUCAUCAUCAUCAUCAUCAUCAUCAUCAUCAUCAUCAUCAUCAUCAUCAUCAUCAUCAUCAUCAUCAUCAUCAUCAUCAUCAUCAUCAUCAUCAUCAUCAUCAUCAUCAUCAUCAUCAUCAUCAUCAUCAUCAUCAUCAUCAUCAUCAUCAUCAUCAUCAUCAUCAUCAUCAUCAUCAUCAUCAUCAUCAUCAUCAUCAUCAUCAUCAUCAUCAUCAUCAUCAUCAUCAUCAUCAUCAUCAUCAUCAUCAUCAUCAUCAUCAUCAUCAUCAUCAUCAUCAUCAUCAUCAUCAUCAUCAUCAUCAUCAUCAUCAUCAUCAUCAUCAUCAUCAUCAUCAUCAUCAUCAUCAUCAUCAUCAUCAUCAUCAUCAUCAUCAUCAUCAUCAUCAUCAUCAUCAUCAUCAUCAUCAUCAUCAUCAUCAUCAUCAUCAUCAUCAUCAUCAUCAUCAUCAUCAUCAUCAUCAUCAUCAUCAUCAUCAUCAUCAUCAUCAUCAUCAUCAUCAUCAUCAUCAUCAUCAUCAUCAUCAUCAUCAUCAUCAUCAUCAUCAUCAUCAUCAUCAUCAUCAUCAUCAUCAUCAUCAUCAUCAUCAUCAUCAUCAUCAUCAUCAUCAUCAUCAUCAUCAUCAUCAUCAUCAUCAUCAUCAUCAUCAUCAUCAUCAUCAUCAUCAUCAUCAUCAUCAUCAUCAUCAUCAUCAUCAUCAUCAUCAUCAUCAUCAUCAUCAUCAUCAUCAUCAUCAUCAUCAUCAUCAUCAUCAUCAUCAUCAUCAUCAUCAUCAUCAUCAUCAUCAUCAUCAUCAUCAUCAUCAUCAUCAUCAUCAUCAUCAUCAUCAUCAUCAUCAUCAUCAUCAUCAUCAUCAUCAUCAUCAUCAUCAUCAUCAUCAUCAUCAUCAUCAUCAUCAUCAUCAUCAUCAUCAUCAUCAUCAUCAUCAUCAUCAUCAUCAUCAUCAUCAUCAUCAUCAUCAUCAUCAUCAUCAUCAUCAUCAUCAUCAUCAUCAUCAUCAUCAUCAUCAUCAUCAUCAUCAUCAUCAUCAUCAUCAUCAUCAUCAUCAUCAUCAUCAUCAUCAUCAUCAUCAUCAUCAUCAUCAUCAUCAUCAUCAUCAUCAUCAUCAUCAUCAUCAUCAUCAUCAUCAUCAUCAUCAUCAUCAUCAUCAUCAUCAUCAUCAUCAUCAUCAUCAUCAUCAUCAUCAUCAUCAUCAUCAUCAUCAUCAUCAUCAUCAUCAUCAUCAUCAUCAUCAUCAUCAUCAUCAUCAUCAUCAUCAUCAUCAUCAUCAUCAUCAUCAUCAUCAUCAUCAUCAUCAUCAUCAUCAUCAUCAUCAUCAUCAUCAUCAUCAUCAUCAUCAUCAUCAUCAUCAUCAUCAUCAUCAUCAUCAUCAUCAUCAUCAUCAUCAUCAUCAUCAUCAUCAUCAUCAUCAUCAUCAUCAUCAUCAUCAUCAUCAUCAUCAUCAUCAUCAUCAUCAUCAUCAUCAUCAUCAUCAUCAUCAUCAUCAUCAUCAUCAUCAUCAUCAUCAUCAUCAUCAUCAUCAUCAUCAUCAUCAUCAUCAUCAUCAUCAUCAUCAUCAUCAUCAUCAUCAUCAUCAUCAUCAUCAUCAUCAUCAUCAUCAUCAUCAUCAUCAUCAUCAUCAUCAUCAUCAUCAUCAUCAUCAUCAUCAUCAUCAUCAUCAUCAUCAUCAUCAUCAUCAUCAUCAUCAUCAUCAUCAUCAUCAUCAUCAUCAUCAUCAUCAUCAUCAUCAUCAUCAUCAUCAUCAUCAUCAUCAUCAUCAUCAUCAUCAUCAUCAUCAUCAUCAUCAUCAUCAUCAUCAUCAUCAUCAUCAUCAUCAUCAUCAUCAUCAUCAUCAUCAUCAUCAUCAUCAUCAUCAUCAUCAUCAUCAUCAUCAUCAUCAUCAUCAUAUUCAGUAGUUGUGAUUUGUGUUAUUAUCUUACGAGAAAUACUGGAUAGGACAUUUAGUAAAAUAAUUUUAAAAAUGUUAAGAAAUGCAGAAAAAAAUAGGAAAAAGUAUCCAAAAACGUGA